AUAAAUGGAAAUAUAAGUGAGAAAAAAUAAAGCAGUAAACUUAUGCAUGUGACCUAAAAAGAACAAAACAAGAUAAAUAAACUGAAACAAUCUGCCGCAGGCCUACGCACAAAUGACAGGAAAAAAAAACAGAAAUUGAAAUGAAUAUGUGUUGAUGAUAAAACAGAAAAGUCUAAAUAGAAAUUUUUGCGAGAAGGAAUUUGUUUUCUCCAUAUCGUCCCAAAGGUUUCACUAAAAAGUGCUUGACGCUUGACAUAAAAAUCAGUGGGAGAUACAUCAGUGUUUGUUAAUGACAUCCGGUGAAUGGGAUUUGCGUGCUCUCAAAGCACUCGAGGAAGAAGAGGAAGAACAAACGGAAUUUCUGGCACUAAGUCAAAAAGGUUUGAAUGAUCUGCAACUAAUAACACCACCACCACCGCCGCCUCAAUCAACGUCAACUGACGAACAGCAGCAGAGAGAUUUUUCUAUUAUUGGCAACAAUAAAACUAACAACAAUAAUAAUAAUAACAAUAAUAAUAAUAACAAUAGCAAUAAUAAUAAUCAUGUAUAUGUGCAGUUGCAAACCCAGCAUUUAAUGAAAUUGCCGACCAUAAAUGAAUGCUAUUAUAUGGUGAAGAAAUUUAAAAAUAAAACGAAGGAUGUACUGACAGACGGAUCGGAAUGUAACGGCAGCAGUGGUGUUGAGGGCCGAUUAAAAUUUACUAAAUCUCUUUCCCUAUCCGCGCAUUCAUUGCGAUCCCGUUUUGCGGAAAGCGGUAACAAGAAAUCUAACAAGUUUAGCGGCAGCUUAUCGCCGUCACAGCAGUCAUAUAGUUCCUCGCCCAUUUUCACUUCACCACCUUCACGAUGCUGUAAUACUUUGCAUCAUACACAACCCGUACGAAAAACCUUUAAGACCUUACAACAGCUGGAGGCUCAAAAACAAGAACGCAAACGUGAAUUAAAUAUAAAGCGGACGCUGCACCGUAUACCUGGCACUAACAAAACAUAUUGGAAGUAUAACAUUAAUAAUUCAGCGAUUGUCGCGCAAAGUGCCAAGUUUCCUCGGCAACAGCAGCAACCGAAUAACAGUAGAGCUUCAGAUUUAGAAUCUAAUACUUCAGAUGAGGUAGACCCAGACGAAACUCAGUCGUUGGAAAGUUAUGGCAAAACUAAGGCUUUAUGUCCCGUACCAUUACAGGAGAGCUACGAAGGUAUAAAUGCAGAAACCCAAUCCUGUAGUGUUCCCUUGGUCAAUGAUUCAGUAGAAAUGUUAAGUUUAAUGUUAACGGCUGCUUCAACGGCAGUAAAUACGACCGGUGAAAAACCACCCGAUGUAGCACCAAUUGCUGGUGGCUUUGUACGUAAUUUUCCCAAAUAUCUGUCUUUAACGCGAUAUCCUGUCAAUACAAAUACUAACACUAUCACUACUACGCGCAUUUCUGACCAGAACAAUGAAGAAACUGUUGCUUAUGAAGCUUUUCAUCAUACCCUCUCACGACGUAAAAGCUUUUCCGGUGAACGGCAACGAGAUAAUUCGCUGUUGCGUGAUUCCACUUCACACGUUAAUGAUAUGCUAAUCGGCAGAGAGAUGCCUGCUCUUUAUACGAGUGCUGUUAGCCAACAGAAUAGAGCUCUGUUAAAGUCUUCCUCAGCUGACAUACCAAAUUAUACAGAUUUUACUAUAAAUGUUCAUAACAAAACUGGUAGCACUGCGGGGGCGGAUGUUACUUUAACUUCUCCCACCAUCAUAGCGAAUCCUUCAGUUACCAAUUUAAAGCUAAACAAAUCAUAUCAUAAUAACAAAUUACCAUUUUUACCAACAUCCGAUGCAGCGACAACAACAAUUACAACAAAAUUGCAAGCUUUGCAACCUGCCCCUAUGAUAAGUGGGAAUUUUAAUGAUUGUCCUUUGAUAAAUGAUUCUUUCAAUAGUUGCUGUAGCGAUAAUUUGUUUGCCAGCAAUACCACAAACGGCCAAAAGCAACAUAGGAUGCAUGGUGGCUUUCAUUGUUCCGAAAAUUAUACAACAACAACUGCAAACAUUUCGGGUCCCAGCGAUAGUCAAAAUCCAUCGAAGCAUCAUUCAAUUGAUGACGAGCUCGAACAACAUAUCAAGCAUUGCUCAUGCUCCUGCAAUCAUAUGGGUUACGGCAAUUCAAUGGACUAUCAGACAGCCGGCUUUGGCGGCUUACCCGAUGUUACUGAACACUCAAACAUACGUCGUACGCUUUCACGGCAAAACUCCACCUCAAAUAGCGAUUCAGGGGGAGAAAUAGCGAGCAUACAAAAAUCAAAAGUCAACUUUGCGGAUACCAAGUCACCGUCGCUUGUGCACAAUGAUUCUGAAACGCAAUUGGAUGGCAGAAAACGUAAAUCGAAAGCAUUACACCAGAAUGCUGUCUCAAUGGAGGAACGCCACAAAAUAGUGAGUCGCGGUUCCUUUGUUAUUGGGCUCACACUGAUUGCGGCAUUGUGUCUGUUAGCCAUAGCAGCCACUCUAUUGUAUCAGCACUUUUUCAUGUCACCUAGCCGUAAUUCACAUACACAAAGACUGAAAAUUGUGAAACGUAUAUUGCGUGAUGUACCAUUAGUUGACGGUCAUAAUAACUUUGCAUGGAAUGUGCGAAAAUAUGCGCACAGCAGUUUAGAAUUGGUACACGUAAGCAAUGACAUAAAUCAUAAGUCAAUGUGGAUACGACCGGCCUGGGCACAAACUGAUAUAAAGCGUCUCAAACAGGGCCAAGUUGGUGUACAAGUAUGGUCUGCCUACGUGCCGUGCGAAGCUCAAGGUUUGGAUGCAGUCCAAUUGGCAUUAGAGCAAAUUGACAUAAUCAGGCGCCUGGCAGACAUGUACAAUCAAGAUACUGUAUUGGUGACGUCAUCUAAGGAUAUUACAGAAUCUCAACAUCAUGGUUUAAUAGCAUCUUUGAUCGGUAUAGAAGGCGGUCAUGCCAUCGGUUCCUCGCUAGGUGUAUUACGUUCAUUCUAUUCGUUAGGUGCCAGAUAUUUGAGUUUAACUCAUAAAUGCGAUGUGUCGUGGGCGGGUUCCAGCUCCUCAUCACUAGAUGCUGGGUUAUCGCAAUUCGGCAAAGCCAUUGUAAGGGAAAUGAAUCGGUUGGGCAUGAUGAUCGAUUUAUCAUAUAGUUCAGAUGCAACGGCUCGGGACGUAUUGCAAGCAACAAGAGCACCUGUUAUAUUUUCACAUUCCGGUGCACGCCAGCUGUGUAAUUCAACGCGUAAUAUACCCGAUGAUAUUUUACGCUUGGUGGCCGAAAACGGAGGUUUAAUAAUGAUUAGCUUUGAUUCGGAAGAUGUGGCUUGCGGUCGCCAAGCUCGCCUAAAAGACGUGGUUGAUCACAUUAAGUAUGUACGUGCAAUAGCUGGCGUACAGCAUAUUGGCUUAGGAGCCGGUUACGAUGCUAUCGAAUUUCCUCCGCUGGGCUUGGAAGACGUUUCUAAAUAUCCUGAUUUAUUAGCUGCGCUACUGGAAGAUCCUAAUUGGAGUGAAGAAGAUUUAGCUAUGCUGGCCGGUAAGAACUUUUUACGUAUCAUGGAAACGGUAGAAAACGUCCGUGACUAUUGGAAACGGGCCAAUAUAGAUCCCAUCGAACAAUCCGAAGCUCAACCUAAGACACAGUGUACAUAUAUGGCUUCGUGACCCCAGGUGCAGGCCGUGCGCUUUACGCGCAAUGUGGCCAUCCUGCAACAACACAAUGAAACACGAGAGCAACGCAGCAUUCAACCGACACAAAAUGUCAGCAUAGAAAGUGUAACGCGUAAUCAAAGUGCAUCAAUGACCGCUGAAGCAGCUAAUAAUUUAAAUAUUAUGAAAUUAAACUUUUAGUUAGAGUGCAAAAACAACAAUUGAAUCAGAAAAAUAAAUAU